GCUGACUUCACAGCCUCCGCUUUGCGCGCUUGUGUUUCGUUUCCGGUUUGCGCCAAACAACAAAAUUCGCAACAAACAAGAGUUAAAGGAUGUGAAAUGUGAGUGUACUUUAAUUAAACAUGAUCUAAGAUUGAUCUAAGAUUCAAUGGAGUCGAGCUCAAAGCCCUCCGCGGGACGAGAAAAGCAGCCCCUCAGAGAGCGACUGAUGUCUGACCGAGUGUCUCUGUCCUCUUACACGGAGUAUCCCGCCGGACGGCCCUUCAUUAACACACCCUUCACACACAGAGCCGUCAAAGCCUUUCCUGAGAGCAGCGGUGCAGCUAUUCUGUCUGCGCUGAAGAACCUGCAGGAGAAGAUCCGUCUUUUAGAGCUGGAGCGAUGUGAAGCUCAGCAGAAGCUCCAGAACGUCUCCAGAGAAUCCACACACUCCGUCCACCGAGACGACGACGACACACACACAAACCACGAUCUUCUCUCUCAGUUGUCUGCGGCCGAAGCUCGAUGCUCACGCUUGGAGAAACAGUUGGAGCACAUGAGGAAGACCGUGAGAAACACCGAAUCGGACAGAACCGCUGUACUUCGCAGACAGGUGUCUCUGGAGCGUCUGGGCUCUGCGGAUCAGGUCGAUGUUCAGCUGAAGCUGCAGAAGCUGGAUCUCCUGGAGCAGGAGUAUCAUCGUCUGACGGAGACCCAGAGCUCCGCCGAGAGGAAGAUCAGGCAGCUGGAGAGAAAACUACAGGAAGAGGAGCAUCAGAGGAAGCUGGUGCAGGACAAAGCAGCUCAGUUGCAGACGGGUCUAGAAGCCAAUCGUCUGCUCAUUCAGUCUGUGUCUCCACGUCCACGUAAACCCGGCAGAAACCAUCAGAAGAAGCUCGCAGCGAAGAAACAUCCCUCUCAGCCUCAGCCGCAUUACAGACUCAGUCUGGGAGACGUGCCGUUUGUGACCGGGACGUCGACAGCCUCGAGUCACUCUGUGCGAGCAAACGUCCAGCACGUCCUUCAUCUUAUGAAGCAGCAUCAUCCUCAGCUGUGUAACGAGCGAGUGCUGGGACACGCCCCCUCCACCAAUCACAGCGCCCGUGAGGCCAGCAGUAGCUCCUCCUCUUCCUCUUCCUGUGGGGAGGAGCUGUCAGAGCUGCUGCUGACGCUGCAGGACGAGUUUGGACACAUGAGCUUCGAGCAGCAGGAGUUGGCCAAACAGAUCCAGUCGUGUGUUUCGGAUCGCUUGCGGCAGGAUUUGGAGCGUGAGAUGGAGACGCUGGUGAAGAGGAUGGAGAAUAAAGGAGAACAGAUCGCUAAAGUCCGGAGACAUCAAGCUCAGAUGGAGAAGCUGAGGCGGCGGUGCGGUCAGCAGAGUGACGGAGGACAGCUGAAGGUCUCGGUGAAGCUGAAAGACCGGCCGGGAGAGCGCAGUCGAGACAGUCUGCGUCUGCUGAAGGACAUGCGCUCGCUGCAGACCUCGCUGCGCUGCUGGGAAUACUGAGGUCAAAGGUCAGGACAGAAACGGAAGGAGGGCUAUUUUCAUCAUUUCUAGUUCUGUAUUUCUGUUUUUUAUGAUGUAUGUAAUAUAUUUACACACGCACACACAGCUUUAAUCUAAAAUGAGUGUUUUAAUCAGGCCUGUAUGUUUCUGUUCUCUUUUCAGAUAGAGCUAAAAACACUCAUUUUAGAUAAACUUUCAUCAGAGCUGAACUCCUGUCAAAUGAAACCAAUUAUUUUUUUCGUUUACAUAUGAGGGCGUACUGUGUAUAUUUAUUCUGUAUAUAUAAAUACACACACAUACAGGAUACCAAGAGAUUUAUUCUUGGUUUUCUUUCUUUUUUUGUUGUUGUCAUAAAAAAGUGGCUUAAAAUUCCUCAAAUGAUGUCACAGUGCAGAGAAUUCAGAAGCAGCUCUGUUUUGCUCUAAUCCAGAUUUAUGCAGAGCAUCAUUUCUUUCGUAUUUGAUCACUUCUUUUUUUUUGCUUGGAUUUCGUAGUUUUUCCAGAUGUUUGAUCUGUUUGGAAAAGAAAUGAUGUUUGAUGACGAGCCGAACAGAGUCUGAAUCCUGAAGAUGAGCCUCUGUGGAAAAUCCACAAACGCAUCACAUUUUUAGAGUGUGUUUUAUUAGUAUUUCUCAUUUUUAUCACAUGAAGGCUUUAUUAUGUGUUGAGAGAUUUCUGGAGCAGAAUAAAGGAAAGGAAAGGAAAAAUUAACUAGUUGUUUCUACCUCAGAUAUUACCCAGAAUUCCUGUGUUGUGUUUAGUAACACUUUACAAUAAGAUCUUGUUUGUUAACUUCAGCAAAUGCGUUAACUUAUAAUUUGUACACACACAUACACAGAUAUAUAUGUAUAUAUACAUACACAUAUACACACACACAUACUCACAUACAUACACACACACACACACACACACACACAUAUAUAUCUAUAUACAUAUACAUAACCUGAACAAACAUAAAACAUUUGAUCUUAAUUUCUUUUUUUCCAAACUUAUUUUAAAAAUAUUCAUUUUCAGUUCAUAUUAACUAAAGACGUUAACUAAUAUUAGCAAAUAGACUCUUAUUGUAAAGCGUUACUUUUUAAACUAAUUUAAACUCUGUGUUUAAAGUUUAUGAUCUUUUUGACAUUCCAAAGAUUCCAGCAAUGAUUUUAUUCGGUCUGUAUUAUAUAUUAUUUUCAUAUCUCUGUUGGCAGUCAUUCUGUUGGUUUCCAUGACAGUGAAGUGUGGGUGGCCCAUUGAAUAUUAUACAUUAAAAACUACAUAUGAUGAUUUAAUUAGAA